AUGCCGACCGUGAUCAUCAACAAGCCUGUGGCCGGCACGUUACAGCCCACGGCGGUCCGGAAUCCGUUCUACCGUUUCAAAUAUCCCAAGUCGGUUCUCGAUGGCGGAUUUGGGUCGUUCGACGGGGCGAAUUACACGAAUCGUUGCGCCAAGGACGGCGAGAGUUAUCCCGCCACGGCUAAUGAAAAGCUUGCGAAUCUCACCUUGAAGGAGACGGUGUACAAUGUCUUUGUCAGGGCCAGCUCCUUCGAUGAGAUGGUCUCUGCUCAGAACCAGGGAGCCAACUUUGAGGGGCCCCAUAGCGGAGUCCACCUUGCAGCAGCAUGCGGUCAAGAUCUUGCUCUCCUCUCAAUCGCUGCCUUCGAACCGUUGUUCUGGCUCCAUCACGUCAACGUCGACCGUCUCAUCGCCUUCUGGCAGGCCCUCCACUUCGAGAACGCGACGAUGCACUUCUCGUACGCCUCUGAUCAGUUGUUUGCCACGCCAACCGGGACGAUCGUCACGCCCAAGUAUCCCAUUUUGCCGUUCAUGGGCUGGGGAGGCAGCCCUCUCACCAGCGAGUCGGUCACGCACAUCCGUGAUUGGGGCUACACGUACGCGCCCAUGCGGUUCUGGGACCAGGCGCCAGGGGAGACCAAGAUGGAGGUCAGCAGGACGGUGAACAGCCUCUACGGCCCGCGGGAACAGCAGCAGUGGCAGGAGCGGUACUCGUUCAAGGGGCUGAGGCGGCGCGAGAGGAUGCCACAGAGGGAGUACUUCGCCAAGGUCGAGGUUGAGAGGAGUGAGCUAGAGCUGCCUUGUCAAGUGCAGCUUUUCUUGAAGGGCAAUCUGGCCGGGUCGUUCACGUUGUUGGACAUGCCCAAGAAGGGGAUGAGUUACGAUACCAUUCCCCUACGCAGAGGUAUCGAGGCAGUGGGUAUCAGUAGGCUCUCGACGAAGAGUGUGCUUGGUACCAUUGAGGAUGGGUUGGGGGUUGUAAUUAGCAAAUUGGAUGGCACGACGAUGUCGCUGGAUCACGUCCCAAGCUUGAAGAUCGAGGUGGAGGACAUGGACGUCGUUCCGCCCGAUUCUUUAAACGAACUGCCGACGCUCGGUGCAGCGCAAACUCGUACCGUAAUGGGGCGGCCCUUAGCCAUAGGAGAAUACUCAUGA